AUGUCAACUAUUGCAUACAUAUUUGUAGUGUUUUCGACUGUUAUCAUUGCCAAUACGGAAUUAGUAUGUCCUGGUUAUGGAUUCGUUUUUCCAAAACCGCCAUGCAUUGCUAAAUGUUCACCUACAAAGGAUCACUGUAGAGCUGGCAAGAAAUGUUGUUAUACACCUCUAAGACCAUGUGGAUAUCGUUGUCUUGUUGGCAAAGAUAAUGUAGCCAAAAAUGGUACAUGUCCACCACCAAGUUCUAAUCAAACCAAUUCGAAAUGGGAUCUGUGUGAUUUCCAUGAUUGUGAUGUUGACAAUGAUUGCCAAUAUGAUGAUAAGUGUUGUCUUAACAAGUGUGGUGCAUCGAUGUGCAUUAGCCCCCAAUAG